AUGUCCAACAAUAUCAAGGUUGUCUGUCGAUUCCGUCCUCAGAAUUCUAUUGAAAUCAGAGAGGGCGGUCAACCAAUCAUCACAUUUGAUGACAAUGGUCAAUCCGUUAAAGUCGAUAGCAAAGAUUACCCAGGGACGUUCACAUUCGACCGCGUCUUUCCCUCAGACUCCAAACAAAAGGAUGUCUUCGAUUAUUCAAUCAGCACAAUCGUCGAUGACGUCAUCAAUGGAUACAAUGGUACCGUGUUUGCCUACGGUCAGACUGGAUCCGGAAAGACAUUCACAAUGAUGGGACCCUCCAUCGACGACGAAGACACCAAGGGUAUUAUUCCCCGUAUCGUUGACCAGAUUUUUGCAAGCAUCCUUGCAUCUCCCUCAACAAUGGAGUACACCGUCAAAGUCUCAUAUAUGGAAAUUUACAUGGAGAAAAUUCGCGAUCUUUUGAAUCCCGUUAACGAUAAUCUGCCGAUUCACGAGGAGAAGAACAGAGGAGUUUACGUUAAAGGACUGUUUGAAGUCUAUGUCAGCUCCAUUGCUGAGAUCCAUGAGGUCAUGCGUCGCGGAGGCAACAGCAGAAUGGUCGCAUAUACCAACAUGAACGCAGAGAGUUCUCGGUCGCAUUCCAUUUUCGUUGUCACUAUUUCGCAAAAGAACUUAGUGGAUGGAAGCGUCAAGAGCGGAAAGCUUUACCUCGUCGAUUUGGCUGGUUCAGAAAAGGUUGGCAAGACAGGAGCCUCGGGUCAGACAUUGGAGGAGGCCAAGAAGAUCAACAAGUCUCUGUCAGCCUUGGGAAUGGUCAUUAACGCCUUGACCGAUGGAAAGUCGACACACAUCCCAUACCGUGACAGUAAAUUGACAAGAAUCUUGCAAGAGUCCUUGGGAGGAAACUCGAGGACAACCCUGAUUAUCAACUGCUCGCCCUCUUCCUACAACGAUGCCGAGACAGUUGGUACACUACGUUUUGGUACGAGAGCCAAGAGCAUCAAGAACAAGGCCAAGAUCAACCAGGAACUUAGCGCUGCAGAACUCAAGCAGCUUCUUAAGAAGGCCAAAACGGAAGCUAUUACAUUUACUCAGUACAUCGCCGCAUUAGAGGGAGAAGUCGUUAUUUGGCGUCAGGGCGGAACUGUUCUGAAGGCCGACUGGGCCAGCAUGGAGAAGAUUCAGGCCGGCGGAGGAGUCACUCCGCUCUCAAGUCUACCCGGACAUAUGGCCCAGCAGGAUACAUCUCGACCCUCGACUCCUGCUGUCGUCUUGGAUUUGGAUGAAAGGGAGGAGUUCUUAAAGCGUGAGAACGAUCUGACGGAUCAGAUUGCGGAGAAGGAGGCCGAGUUGCUUAACAGGCAACAGCUUUUGGAUUCGAUGAAGGAAGAGCUCAGCUUCCUUAAGGAGCAGGAUUCAUCAAGCGCCGUCCAUGAACUCAGCGAACUUAAAUUGCAGCUUGAGAAGGUUUCAUACGAGAAUAAGGAAGGCGCAAUCACCGUCGACAGUCUGCGCGAGGUCAAUCAGGAGCUCUCCAAGGAGCUGGAAGAGCUCAAGAAGACACUCAUGGAGAUGCGUCUUGCCCAGAAGGACUCUAGCGAGGGUGACAAGGAGAAGAAGAAGAUGGAGAAGAUGGCGCAGAUGAUGGCUGACCUUGAUCCGUCUGGCGAGAUGUCCGCGAAAGAGGCACAACUGCGCGAGACGCUCUUCAAGUUUGAAUCGCCACAAGGUCUCACCCCCGAGGAGACGAUUGCGAUCCGCAAGGAGAUUGCACAGUCGCGGUCUAAGAUUGAGCAAUAUGAGCAGACUAUCGCUGAUCUCAACAACGAAAAUACCGCCUUGACCGUGAAGAGGGAUACCUUGGAAAUGCGCCUACAGGCAGCCGAGCUGGAGUAUGAGGAGUUGCUGGACAAGACCAUUGCGGACGAGGAGGCCAAUUCGUCGAUCGAUGUCUUGGAGACGAUCUCGGAGCUGCGAAACAAGGUUGAGGCACAGUAUGCGGCCAAGAGGGACCAGGCACAGCAGGAGAUUGAUACGCUCAAGCAGGAGCUCCUCCGUCGCAAUGAGGAUAUUCAGAGGUUGAGCAUCAAUGUCACAGAACUCAGACGUGGUAACGAGGAACUCAAGGAGCAGAUCGAGCGCCAGAACAACCACACUAGCAGCGGUCUCUGGGAGGGCAAGGACAUGACUGAGCGUGAGCGGGAUAUGGAGCGCAUCCGCAAGACCAUGGCCCAGCAGCUUGCCGAUUUCGACGUGAUGAAGAAGGCCCUGAUGCGUGACCUUCAGAACCGUUGCGAGAAGGUCGUUGAACUCGAGAUCUCUUUGGAUGAGACGCGGGAACAGUACAAUAACGUGCUCCGUAACAGCAAUAACAAGGCCCAACAGAAGAAGAUGGCAUUCCUUGAGCGCAACCUUGAGCAGCUUACCUUGGUCCAAAAGCAGUUGGUGGAGCAAAACUCGGCACUCAAGAAGGAGGUUGCUAUCUCUGAACGCAAAUUGGUGGCCCGCAACGAGCGCAUCCAGAGCUUGGAAAGUCUUUUGCAGGAUGCCCAGGAGAAGCUGACGACUCAGAACCACAAAUUCGAGACUCAGCUUCAGGCCGUCCGCGAGCGCCUCGAACAAGCACGAUCCCAAAAAUCGGCUGCCAACGCCAUGAACUUCAACUUUCCAAGGAUCGCCAAGCCCCUUCGCGGAGGUGCCCCGACUAUCGACAGCAAGUAG